UACUUUUCAAGAUGGCUGCGCCCAUGAAGGAGGCAGAUUCGAAUAGAGAGAAUGUAGAAGACGAUACCCUGAACUUGUCAUCGCCCUCUUUCGAUCCUUUAAGGGCUCUUCACAGUAGUCGAGUCGUAUUGCCAUGCCCAAACACAGUGCCGUUAAAUAACAUUGCCGAAUAUGUGUCAUUUACUGAAGGGAAAUCCAGAAGACAGAGACAAGCUCAGAAACACAGUACCACAGAAAAGUUACAUGCUACUCAUAAAGGUACAGGUGUACCUAAGGAGAAAAAUGAAAAGGGUGACAGUGAAAGAAAACUUCCAAGGAAUAGAAGAAAUGUCCUCACUAGAAUGGAAGAGUAUAAAAGAGGACCACUCAAUUUUCUGCAAAGGUGUGUUCAAGAAAGGCUGUUAGUUCAGGUGUGGAUUCGAAGUGCAGUUGAUCUGAGGGGAAUGUGUAAAGGAUACAUAGUAGCUUUUGACAAACAUUUCAAUCUUGCAAUGAUUGAUGUUGAUGAGCUUUAUAGGUGUCCAUUGUGGAAAGAGGCACAACUACGCAAGGACAGCAAGAGAGAAAAACGGAGACUUAAACAACUAAAAGAACAAAUGGCACAAUUGUCAAUGACUGCUCAAACAACCACCACCAGGGAGUCGUAUUCAGAGGAAAAAGACAGCAAGGAAAGUGAAAUCAAAGUUGUCUCCCUUCCUCAGGUACCAAACAAAGUGAUCUCAUCAAAGACAGAAAGAAACUCUACCUCAGAACUUCAGUCUGUAGAAAAGAUUCAGAUGUCAGGUAAAAAUCAGACAGAUUCAUCAUCAGUGAGUGAAUGUGAAACACAAAAUCAAAAUGCCGAAGCACCUCAAGCCAGUGAACAAACACCUCAUGUGCCAGAGACUGUCUCCAUUGAAGAUGACCCUACCUCCCUUAAUAAAGAAGAACCUCUUCCUUCUAAAUCGUUACCUCAGUUUCUAGAAAGACACGUCAAUCAACUGUUUGUAAGGGGAGAUAAUGUUGUUUCUAUUAUGAUGCUAGAAUGAAAUUGGUUGAUUUUUUGCAAGAAGACAUUUUAUUUCAGUUGUUUAUUAUGUGAGAUUUAUUGUUGUACCUACUGGUAUUAUGAAUUUGAAAGAAAUUGUAGAUUU